GAUCUAUAAAGCUUGUGACAGUCUCAUUAUACCCGGUUUACUGAGGUCACUGGAUCAUGUGAUCAGCCUGACCUGCAGAGAGAUGGACUCUGAGGACUGUGCUGCUCUGAUCUUCACUCUCAAACACAGUGACAGAGUCAGACUGAACCUCCUGUGGACCUCCAUACCAGCAGGGGAAACAGAGUCCAUCCUCUUCACACUGGACAAAGUUUCUCAGCUCAGUGUUGACAGGAACCUGCUGCUGAGGUUCGUCCACUGCUGUGCUGCCUCUGAGGUCCAGCAGGGGGCAGCUGUCGACCUGCUCAGGGCCGUGCAGCACAGACUGGACCUGUCCUGCUCGUCCCAUGUGGAGCUGUCACAGGAGGGUCAGAGUGAGACUCUCAGUCUGACUGCUGAGGACUGCAGGGCCGUCUCCACCAUCCUGAGACGCAGCAGCAGGAAAACACAGCUGGACCUGCAGGACUGUGAGGUGGAGGACAGCGGGCUGGACCUGCUGCUUCCUGUCCUAGACGGAGUCCGCCUCAGAGCCGGUAAAGCUGUCCUCCUCCAGCUGGUGUCCCUGGUUCCUGUGAGCAGUGAGAGGGACACAGUGAGACGGGCAGUGUCCCUGUGUAGAGCCCUGGGUGGAGAGCUGGACCUCAGUCACACCACACUGGAUCAGAGGACCUGUGCAGGUUUGGCCCAGAUGCUGGACUUCUCUGAAGUGCUGACAGAGCUGGACCUGAGUCACUGUGAGCUCACUGACCAGCUGCUGCUCACGCUCAUCACACAUCUGCACAAAGUCCAAGUCCUGGAGUGAGUGUCAAACCUCAACAUGCAAGAGUUCAUGUCUCAGCUCAGCUAAUGUAUUUGAUGCACUGUCUGCUCUCGUC